AUGGGCUCUACGGACAAGUCCCAGGACGAAAUAACCAUCCUGGUCACGGGGUUUGGUCCAUUCAAGGAUCAGUACCCUCGGAAUCCCAGCUGGGACAUUGCCUCCUCGCUACCCGAGUACCUCCCUCCCCUGAAUGCUAAGUCCUCGACCGCCGUUCGGGGCGGGUCUCUGCCCUUACCUCCGGUGCGGAUCGUAGUCCAUCCUGAGCCAGUGCGCGUCACGUACUCGGCCGUCCGGAAUCUCAUUCCAAAGUUGUGGCAGCCCGACUUCGAAGGAGUCCCAAAGAUCGACUACGUGCUACACAUUGGUAUGGCAUCCACUAAGAAGCAGUACGUGCUGGAACGACUCGGCCACAGGGACGACUACAAACUGCUCGACCUGGAUGAGAGGCUGCCCAACCAGAAUCCUUCCUCUGACGAUUACCCCUGGCACGGCAUACCUGCUCAGUUGACGACCGAUCUUGACGUGGCAGACAUCAAGAGGAGAUGGGAGACGUACUUACCGGGCAAUCUUACGCUCAAAACCUCAGAAGAUGCCGGCCAUUUUCUUUGCGACUACAUAUACUUCAACAGCCUGGCCAACUGUCACCGGGCAGAGCAGUGGAAGAGAGUCUUAUUCAUGCAUGUCCCGGCCGUGCGACCUGAACCCGCAGAUUUGUAUCGCGAGUCGAUCGACCUGGGCCGAGAGAUUGCCAUACAGCUUUUGCGAUCACUCGUCGAGAGCGAGCUCGAUAGUUCACGAGAAGGCGCGGAGGCUGAGUUGUGA